AUGUCCAAAUAUGAGGGCCGCCUGGUCUUGAAUAAUUUCUCAAAACUACUCUACAAGCUGUACACGCUCAGAUUUUUCUCUGCCCUGCGCGCAGACUGCGUUCCCGCCGCGCGCGGGCCGGAAAGAUCGCGCGCGCGCACCAAGAGCGCCGCCGGCGCGACCGCCAACGAGCCUUUCCUUUUCGCAUCGAAAUGA